UGUUAUUCUUAAUGAUGAAUGUUGAGUUUUGAACAGUCAAGAAGUGAAAAAAAAUGAUUAAAUUAAAAUUCAAAAGUUCAAAGUGAAAAAUAAUUUCGAAAAACUAUCAAAAUGAAGGUGUUCAUUAUUGUUUCAAUUAUAAUCGAAACAUAUAUCAUAAAUUGUCUCCAGAUCAGAGACAAUCCCAGUGAACUCGAUAACACUUUAGAUAGAGCAGAUGAAAGUCUUCGUUCUCUCCUGAUUUUUCCAGGUACAAAAUGGUGUGGUGAAGGAAAUAUAGCCGAAAAUGAAGAUGACUUAGGAAAAUAUGGGGAUACCGACAGUUGUUGUAGAACUCACGAUAUGUGUCCUGAAACGAUGGCUGGUUAUGAAACUAAACAUAACUUGACAAAUCCCAACUUCUUUACAAGGUUACCAUGUGACUGCGAUUUGAAAUUUCACGACUGUUUGAAGAAAGUCAACAGUGGAGUCUCUGAAAAGAUCGGUAUAAUAUAUUUCGAUAUUAUUGGUACUCAAUGCUAUAAAAAAGAUUAUCCGAUCAUAAAAUGUUCGAACUACACCAAUUUUUUGAAUUCGAAAUGCCUAAAUUACGAGCUAGACGAGAGUAAAGAAAAGAUAUAUCAGUUUUUCGAUGUGCCAGAUUUUUGAAAUUAACUCAUGAAAGGAGAGGAGAUUGGAUAUGGUCAAUAAAUUUAUUUUUUUAUAUUUUACAUUAUAGAUACCUAUUACAUUAUCAC